UUAAUAAACUUAACCGGUCUAACUGUAGUCUCCGGUAGUCUCUGUGCUAAGACCCUCCGAAACGAGACAUGCCUUUGGAUCUCUUAUUGUUUCGUGCUGACCAAGGUGGCAAUCCAGAUUUGAUGAGAGACAUGCAGAAAAAGAGAUUCAAAGAUGUAAUUCACGUCGACAAAGUGGUUGAAAUGGAUACUCAAUGGAGAAAGUUGCGUUUUGAAUCUGAUAAUUGGAAUAAAUUAAAGAACCAUUGUAGCAAGACAAUUGGAGAGAAGAUGAAGAAAAAAGAACCCAUUGGUGAAUCUGCUGAUGUACCUGAAAGUCUUGUUACAAAAUUAGAUAGUAUUACACCAGAUGAAAUUAAAUCACUGACUGUUACUCAAAUCAAACGAUUGCAACAGCUUAUUGAGGAGGCCAGCGAUAAAAACUCAACAAAAAGAAAAGAGCUUGAAGAAACUCGUUCGUUUCAUUUAGCCCAGAUUGGGAACUCUCUUCAUCCGUCUGUUCCAAUAUCUGAUAAUGAGGACAAUAAUCGAGUUGAGCGUACAUUUGGUGAUGCAUCUAUUCGUAAAAAGUACUCUCAUAUGGAUUUGGUGGUGAUGGUGGAUGGUGUGGAUAUGCAAAGGGGAACUACUGUGGCAGGAAAUCGUUGCUAUUACUUGAAGGGGCCAUUGGUGUUUUUAGAGCAAGCAUUAAUACAAUUUGCAUUGUCUACUUUGUCAGAAAAAAGUUUUGUUCCUUUGUAUACACCAUUUUUUAUGAAAAAAGAAGUAAUGCAGGAAGUGGCUCAUUUAAGUGAUUAUGAGGAGAUGCUUUACAAGGUUAUUGGCAAGAGCUCUGAAAUUGUGGAUGACAGUAAUGUGGAAGAAAAGUAUCUUAUUGCAACUAGUGAACAACCGAUUGCAGCUUUUCAUAGAGGUGACUGGUUAGAUCCUCAAACAUUGCCUUUGAAAUAUGCUGGACUGUCAUCUUGUUUCCGUCAGGAAGUUGAUUCACAUGGUAGGGAUACUAGAGGAAUAUUCAGAGUGCAUCAGUUCCAAAAGGUUGAACAAUUUUGCUUAACUAGUCCUCAUGAUGAUGUUUCUUGGAAGAUGUUUGAUGAGAUGAUUUCAAAUGCAGAAUUUUUUUACCAGCAGCUUGGCAUUCCUUAUCGAGUUGUUAAUAUAGUUUCUGGUGAGUUAAAUCUUGCGGCAGCUAUGAAGUAUGAUUUGGAGGGAUUGUUUCCUGGAUCUGGAGCCUAUCGAGAAUUAGUUAGCUGUUCUAACUGCUUGGACUAUCAAGUGAGAAGGCUUCAAGUUCGUUUUGGUCUAACAAAAAAGAUGAAUGCACAAGUAAUUCUGAAAUACGCAAUUAUGAUUAUAAAGUUAUCUUUACAGGCUGAUUAUGUCCAUAUGCUUAAUGCUACAAUGUGUGCAACAACUCGUACCAUUUGUGCUAUUUUGGAAAAUAAUCAAACUGAAGAAGGUGUUGUAGUCCCUGAAAUUUUACGUCAAUACAUGCCUCCAGCAUACAAAGAAUUUAUUAAAUUUGUUCAAGCUGCACCUAUUCAUGAACCCAUCACAAAAAAGCAGGAAAAUCAAAUGGCAGGCAUGGAAAAGGAUAAUGAAGCACAGUCAUAAAUUACAAAUCUUUUUUAUGAGCUCUUCGAAAGCCUGUUAUUUUACUCCUGAGAAAGUCCAAACUUGUCAUUCAUUUUAUGCCAUGUCAGAUCCGUGAAAUAUUUCUUAUUCUGUGGAUUUAUAACUCUCAA